AUGGAAUAUUUUCAGGACAAUGAUAAAUAUAGCAGCCGACAUCGAGUACAUUCACGUUCUCGUUCAGAUAGUCGAAGCAGACAUAAGUCUCGGAAAAGAUCCCGAAGUGAUAGUGAAAGAAGUGAUGUCAAAAAAGAUCGAGAUUCAGAAGACAGUGAUGAACAGAAGGAACGAAGAGCUUUGCGUAAACAGAUUCGUGAAAAGGAAAUAGCUUAUGCUGAUAGGUUACGUAAAUGGGAAGCCCGUGAAAGAAGGCAAGCGAAAUUGUAUGAGCGGGAUGAACAACGGGAAAAACAACGUAAGCGCGAUAUGCAAAAAGAAGCGAAAAAAUUGAAACAUUUCCUAGAAGAUUAUGAUGAUGAACGUAUGGAUCAGAAAUAUUACAAAAGUUCUUCAUUGUUUCAACGUCGACGUGAUUUUGAACGUGAGCGUGAAGCAGAUGCUAAGGAUCGGCAACGUGAACAACACGAAAUUGAGGAGCUUAAAAAACAAAUUUUGGCUGAAAAUGCAAAUGUUGAGAAUCCGGAUGAGGAAGCCAGGAAACGACACGAAGAACAGGAAGAAGCUCUAUUACGGAAAUUACGAGCGGAUUCUGGAAGUCCAAAUCCGCAUCGUCCAUUGGGUCAAAAACCAUUGCCAUCCGAGCCAGAAAAAGAUGAGGAAAGUGAAGAAUCUGAAAGCGAUUCUGAAAGUGAAGGAAGUGCUGAGGAAGCUGUCAAAGCGGAGAAACCUGAAAAGCGGAGUAGCUGGAAAGCUGUAGCAUCCGAAGGUACCCCUGUUGCGAAUUCACCAAUAGUGAGCGCUCCAUCACCUUCUCUAAUGUCAUCAUCGCUAGCAAGUCCAGCAGUUGUGCGUACUGAUGUUAUCACACCUGCACGACCGUCAGCGAGUUCACAUCUUAAUGGAGUAUUCGGUUUCGAAGAAAAUGACGAAGACGCAGCAUUUCGAAAAAAGAAAUUAAAACCAUUUGAAAUAACUGAAGAGGAUCGAAUUCAAGCGAUGACAUCAGAAGAACGUAAACAGAUGAUCAAGGAUUUAAUAGAUCGCAUUCCAACUGCUAAAAAUGAUUUGUUUGCUUUUCCAAUCAAUUGGAACUAUGUCGAUAAGUCUCUCGUUGAACAAAGAGUCAAACCGUGGGUUUCGAAAAAAAUAACAGAUUAUAUUGGAGAAGAGGAAGCUUCAUUGGUUGAUUUUGUGUGUGAAAAAGUGACAUCGAAGACCGAUCCACAGAAAAUUCUUUCCGACAUUGCGAUGGUUUUGGAUGAUGAAGCAGAAGUGUUCGUUGUAAAAAUGUGGAGACUGUUAAUUUAUGAAUCGGAAGCAAAGAAAUUAGGGAGCCCAAGAAGUAUCCCGAAAUUUUUGGUUCAAAAUGCUCGGAGGCCAAUUCAUAGGGGUCCGAAAAAGAUGGAAGAUCUAAAUUUACAAAUGUAUUUGGAGCCACCUAUGGAGGAUAUCACGCUGCUUGAAUUUCAAGAGCUAGCAAUCAAUAGGUUGAGAGUGUUGAAAGCUGUCGAACAAGUGAAAGAUCGUUUCCCGCGUGGGACGGAAGCAAUAAACGAUGAAUUAUCAAAGCAAUUGAUGAAAUUGAUGCCGAUAGCAUGUGGUUGUUGUCCGUUCGAAGAAUUGGAAAACGAAAGAAGACGUGACGUUAUAUCUCAUUUCAUUCUUCGACUUGCAUUAUGUCAAAGUCCUGAGCAGACUAAAUGGUUCAUCCAGCAAGAAGUGGACUUGUUCAAAUUUCGCUUUCAAAUCGUCUCAAAAAGUCGUGAUGCGGUAACUGAAUUUUUACAAGCUAACAAUUUUGAUGCUCAACUUGUCACAGAUGCUGAAAAAGAAAACCUUAAAGAAGAACUUUCGAAUGCUUGUUUUAUACCGCUUAAUAAGGUUACUAGCACAAAUUUCUGGAAAGUCCCUUUUGAAGAUGCGCUUGAUUUAGUUCGUAAACGUCGAGUUCUUCUAGUUUUUGGUUAUGCUUUUGUUUCUGAAGAUGAUCUCCAAGUUAUAUUAUGCACAAGACUUCGACUUAAUAUCGCCUCUGCUAUGGCUCGUGCUUGUAGAAAUAUCGUAUUCAUUGAAGAAAAUGACCGACUGAUGCCCUUUUUGAAGAAACUAUCAAACAGAUCAUAUGUGGGUAAAAAUUACGUUGGAACAGAUGUUUCCCGUGUUACACCUGAUAUGGUGGAUUCCUUGGCUGUAGUUUCGUUCCCACUAUGUAUGAGGAAUAUACAUAAUCGAUUAAGAGCAGAUCAUCAUUUACGUCAUGGAGCUCGAAUGCAAUAUGGAUUGUUUUUGAAAGGGAUUGGCAUGUCAUUGGGAGAUGCAUUGCUGUUCUGGAGGGCUGAAUUCACUAAAAAAAUGGAUUCAGAUAAGUUUGAUAAGCAGUAUGCGUACAAUAUUCGUCAUAAUUAUGGCAAAGAAGGAAAGCAUGCGGAUUAUUCGGCAUAUCCUUGCACAAAGAUAAUUUUGGAUCUUAGUCCUUCUUCUGCAGAUUGCCAUGGUUGUCCUUAUCGACAUAGCGAUUUGCGAUUACUCGCUCAAAAUCUGGAAAGUAUGGGUUUUUCCAGAUCUCAAAUUGAGCAAAUUACUUUAUUGUCAAAAAAUACUCAGUAUGAUAAAGCUUGUACGCGAUAUUUCGAAUUUACUCAUGAAAUGGCCGAGAAUUCUUUGGGUACUGUGAUAACUCAUCCUAAUCAGUAUUUCGAAUUGUCGCGUCAGGUACACGAAGGGAAACGGAACAGAGAAGAGGAACCGAAACAUGAGGUAACGCUGAGCACAUUACAUGCGAAUACCACUCAAGGCGGGGUUGACGUCGACAUUGAAGAUCUGAUCAAAAUGGAGAGAUUUCCAUAG